AACACCACCAGGACAACACCAGGACACUCUGGAGCACAGCACCCAGCCACUGCGUCUCCUGAAGCUGCUGUUAUAAUGAACCACCUGAGACUUCCCGCCCUUCUGCUUGCCCUGCUGCUCGUGCUGCGGUUCGCAGACGCUGCGCCAAGCAGGUAUUCCAUUUCGUCCAGCGAGCAAGGGGAUGGAGCAACAGAGAGGGAAAGCUGGAUGUUGCCGGGAUUCUCAACACAUCCUUUCCUCAGUUUGCUCGGCUCGCGACCCCAGAGAGCUGUCCCUUCGAGCCACCACUUGGAGAAGCGCAAAUGCAACACAGCCACCUGCGUGACGCAGAGACUGGCCGACUUCCUCAUCCGCUCCAGCAACACCAUCGGCACCGUGUACGCCCCGACCAACGUCGGCUCCAACACCUACGGCAAGCGGGAGCUCCAGCCAACCAACUACCUCCCGCUCUAGCUGGUCAUGAAGACUAGUAAACAAAUCCAAUACUUCAGCAAAUGUAACAUAACACAUUCUAAAAUCCGAUCGAAUUAUUUAUUAAUUCAUGAAAUUUUAUUUUGUAUUUUGGAAAAACCGUAAAAACCAGUGCCUUUUGGACAUGACUGCACAGUGGUUUUAGCAUAAGAGCACCUGACUGAGCUCAACUGUGGCUCUGUUCGGCACGUAGGCUACAUCCUUCGUCAAUGCAAUGGCAUGUGAAUAAAUUAUGAUGUGUGAGGACAAAGAAGAUUGCUCACAUUUUGGCUUGGUUUGCUUUUGUAAUAAAAAA